AUGAACAACAGGCAGCAUCCUGAUUAUGGAAAAGCCUUUGCGUCGAGUUUCGAAGUUUUGUUUUCGCUGUGUGACGACCGUUGUGCCGACGUGAGGAUAUUAGCUGAAGAAUAUUUAAACCGGAUCGUGCGAGGAUGCAUGGGAAACGCAAACAUCUUGAGGGUACACGUGGAACUGUACAGGGAAUUGAAGCGCGGUUGUUCUGCACGCCGCGUUCGCUCUGCGCUGACAAAAUUCGCUGCUCUCGUACAUUUGAUCAUGCCGCAAAAGCGACGAGUGUUUGCCCUUUACUUGAUACCAUGCCUGUUGGCCAUUAUCAAAAGGCCCGAAGAACUGAUACAAGAUUGCUUAGCGCACGUCAGUGCUAGACUGUUGGAAUACUUGUGCCGGUUUUUCAGCAGUGAUGAGAUUAAAGUGCUCAUCAAAUCAGCUUUACCGAACCUGCAGCUACAGUCUGCAGUGGCGCGUCGCAGUAUCGCGGUUUUCUUAGUGGAGCUAUGCCGUCAUGCAAGAAAGAAGCGUGCCGUUUCCGCAUACCUUUUUACUAUCAUUCUCGAUAACAUCACUGGAGCAGUUUCAGAACAGAACGUGCAGCAUUUGCUUGGUUGCUUGUACACGCUUCGACUCCUUUUUCCGUUGAUCAGCGAAGAACUGAACAGCAACAACGCUUGUUUGUGCGCAGCUGGGCGUUCAGCAAUGUCCCCUAGGUCAGAGGAAGAGGUUCAACUUACAGAAGAGAUGCUGUUCAAAGCUUAUGAGAUCGCGCUGUUUUCACUUAGUUGCAACAACAGUAGUCUCGUCACUGCAGGACUCGAAGCGCUGGUGCAGCUAUUACAAUAUGUGCCUAAGCGACUGUCGCAUAUGCUUACAUCAUCAGGUGGCGUGAAACGGUCAACAUUUUUCGAUCGCUCUCCAGUGGAGAAGCAGUACAGUCCGCCAGAGGAUUUAUCCGCUGAUGAUCCACCAAAAGACUCCUUAACUGAGAACAUCCCUGAUAUCGUAUCUUCUCUAUAUGAUGACUUGAAAGGCACCGAAGAUCCGGCUGCCGUAGGGAUAUUUUUUGAAUCACAACGCUGUGAAUCUAACUCUGCGUUAUCACAGGAGUUACCUCAUUCUAGUCUUGACAUCACAGAGUUCACUAAAGAUCACCAGUAUGAGUCAAGCUGUGGCCUUGAUUAUCCUGCUGCUCUUUUGUACAGCAAAUCACUUCAUUUACCUUUAAGUGGACAACUUCAAACCGGCUUAUUCGCUGGCAGCGAUUCUGUGUUAGAAUUUGGCUGCCGAAUGGUGUGUACAAAGUUUUUGCUGUCACUAGAUUCAAAUGAUGUGAUUCCUGACAAAGAUGUUCGCGUCAGCCAUAAGAUAUUGGCAAUCAACGUUGUACAGUUAAUGCUACCCCUAUUGCCAUCCCUGUUUUGUUUACCUUUAUCUGUGAAAGAAGGGUGCAAGCUGCUGGUGUCUGAUAUAAUGCAGUUGAAAAGUCACAGUGAUCCUCAUGUUCGCGGCUGCUUGGCGAUAUUGCUGGGAAUGCAUUUGAAAUACACGCUAGAACGGAGCAGCCAAUUUGAAAUUGCCGAGGUUCGUCAUGCAGAGUGUUUCGACAUAUUAAACUCGGUGUUGCAAGAUUCAUCGAGUAUCGCCAUUCGCAGUGCCUUAAUUGGUCUCAGAAUGUCUUUACGCGGUCUGUUGAAGGUUCGACUGGACAGCACGCUUGACCUUUUAUUACAUGUGAUCAUGCUAAGCCGCAGCUCCUACAGUCUUGUCAAGGUCGCUUUGGUGGAAAUGUUCGAGCAACUCGACUUCAUACAGCUGAACGCUUCGCCAGCAGUCAUUGCGGUAAAUUUCAUUCUAAACGUGUGUCUUGGAACGUAA